AUGCCGACUUGCGGGCCGGGUAGUCAAGAUCCCAAUAUUUUAAAGCCAGCAGAAGAAACAUUACAAAAAUGGGAAACUGAAAGGGGAUUCUAUACUGCAUUAUACAAUGUAUUUUCUAAUCAUUCCUUAACUAUCAAUAUUAGAUGGAUGGCUAUUUUAUAUUUUAAAAAUGGUGUUGAUAGGUAUUGGAGGAAGCAAGCUCCAAAGUAAGUAUACUCUAAUUAAGAAAAGGAAUUUCUUAGACAACGUUUAAUAGCAAACUUUGAUGAGCCUGUAAAUCAAUUAGCUGUGCAAUUGGCAGCACUUAUUGCUAAAAUUGCAAGAUAUGAUUGCCCUAGAGAAUGGCGUUCAUUAAUUCCAACAUUAUUGGAUGUUAUAAGAGGACAGAAUCCUUUGGCCCAACAUCGGGCACUGUUAAUAUUACAACAUGUUGUUAAGUCUUUAGCUUCUAAACGUUUAGCUGCAGACAGACAACUCUUCCAAGAAUUAACUAUUAAUGUGUUCGGUUUUAUUCUGAAUUUAUGGAACACUUACACUGAAUCUUUUCUUAUAAUGGCAUCAAGUGGAGCAGACACAAAUCAGACACAAGAAGCUUUAGAAAAAGCAUUACUUCUAUUGAGAAUACUUAGGAAACUAAUUGUACAUGGAUUUAAUAAGCUUUCAGAAUCUCAGGAUGCUAUGUCAUUUUUAGAAAUUGUUUUCGAACGUGCAAGAACUUGUCUUGAAUGCCGGAAAACAUUAAUUUCAAGAGGUAUACAGAUGGAAGUAUGCGAUAAAUUUAUAAUUCAUUUGACCAAAGUAUUAUUAGGUGUGUUAGAAAUGCAUCCAUUGUGCUAUGUGGAACUAAUACCAACAAGCUUAGAAUUUUCUGUUUUUUACUGUUUCACUGAAACUGGUCAAGCUCUAACUUUUGAAAGAUUUGUUAUACAAUGUUUAAAUUUAAUGAAACAUAUUGUAUCAUCUACAGAUUAUAGAUUAACACCUAAAUUUGUUGAAGAUACGAAAAAUCCAUUAAUGUUGAGAGCUAAUCAAUUAAAACAAGAAUUUUUUACACCUGAAAUAUUAACUGAAAUCUGUUCAAGACUUGUAACCCAUUAUUUUCCUCUAACUCCUGCUGAUUUAGAAUUAUGGGAUACUGAUCCAGAAAAUUUUGUUGUCGAUGAUAGUAGUGAAUCAUGGAAAUACAGCUUAAGGCCUUGUUCGGCGUCCUUAUUUUCAGUAAUCUUUCAUCGUUUUGGAGAUGUUCUUGCAUCAGUCUUGGUUGAAUUAAUGCAAAGACAUCACCAACCAUGUGAUCCAAAUAAUUUACAUGCUAUUCUAUUAAAAGAUGCAGUAUACAAUGCAGUUGGUUUAGUUGCUUUUGACUUAUAUGAUGAGGUAAAUUUUGAUCAAUGGUUUUCAACUACUUUAAAAGAAGAACUGAAAAUUCGAAGUAACAAUUACCGAAUUAUUAGAAGACGAGUAUGCUUACUUAUUGGACAGUGGACAAAUGUAAAAUUGAGUGCAGAACUAAGACCAGAAUUAUAUGAACUUAUGGUCGAAGUUUUGAGUCCUGAAGAAGAUUUGGGUGUUCGUUUGGCAGCAAGUGAUGCUUUGAAACUUGCAAUAGAUGAUUUUCAAUUUAAUCCAGAAGAAUUCUCUCCCUUUUUAGAGCCAGUAUUUUCUUUAUUAUUUUCUCUUUUAAAGGAAGUAAAAGAAUGCGAUACCAAGAUGCACGUUUUAUACGUAUUAUCAUUUAUGAUAGAACGUGUUGGUAGUGAAAUAAAUCCUCAUGUUGGAACUCUCAGUUCAUAUUUACCAGCACUGUGGCAACAAUCUGAAGAACAUAAUAUGUUAAGAUGUGCUAUAAUUUCAACACUUGUACAUCUACAAAAGGCUUUAGGUCCCGAAAGUGUCGUUAUACAACCAUUGGUAGUAGCUGUUAUUACAUUAAGUUCUGAUGUUAAUCAAGAUUGCCACGUUUAUCUGUUAGAAGAUGGGUUGCGGUUAUGGUUAGCUUUAUUGGAAAAUACACCUGCACCAACACCAGCUAUAAUGGAUUUGGCUAAAAAUUUACCGGCAUUGUUAGAACAAUCGAUCGAACAUUUAAAAUUAUAUUUGUACAUAGUUCAAGCAUAUAUAAUAUUAAGUCCUCAAGAAUUUUUAAGUCAAAGGGGAGCAGUUAUAAUCGAAACGCUUAGGUCACUUUUAGGAGAUUUGAACAUAGAUGGAACAAUAAUGACACUGACGGUAUUUGAAUUAUGCUUAUGUGCUUCACCUCGGCAAGGUGCAGAGCUCAUUAAACCUGUUUUAAUAACUAUAUUUGAGAAUAUAUAUAGGGGGGAGGAGAUUAUGUUAAUUAUGACUAUGCAUUUAUCUAUUGCGGCAAGAGUUUUAUGGUUUUAUAAAGAUAUUUUUAUACAGGUAAUAAGUGAAGUAACUAAAAAAAUGGGCGGGAAUGAAGACAAGGAAGAAGCUGUACUUGGACAAAUAAUAAAGAUAUGGGUUCGUAAAAUGCCAUAUAUUUCUCAACUGGAAAGACGUAAAUUAUCAGCUCUUGCACUUUGUUCUCUUCUUGGAGCUAAUAGCCCUCCUAGUGUUCUUCAGCAUUUUUCAUUAAUCAUAACUAAUAUUGUCGAAACUCUUAAUGACAUAACCCAAUUGGAUGAUAUAAGAUGUGAAAAUAUAGGAUAUGCCAUUGAGUCUUUGUCGAUUAGUGGGCAAUCUAGUCCAUCACAAUAUGAGGAUGAAGAAUACGGAAAUAAACACGAACAGCGGAAACGAAGACUUGACUUCAACGAUCCUUUAUCUUGUAUAUCUUUGAAAGAUACUUUUCAAAACCAGUUACUUACGUUACGCAGAUUAAUUGGAGAUAACCAAUUUAAUCAAUUGAUGUGUACUCUUGUUGCUCCAAUUGACAAAGAAAUCAAACUUUACGUAUCUUUAUGAAAAAGGAGCAAAUCGAAUUAAAG